GUAUCCACUCCAAACCCCAUGGAGAUUUCCGUCAAAUUUGUCUAAAUCGCAACUUGUACUCUUGACCCUUCCUUACUUUUUGGUCCCGUAUAUCCAUAAUCACUCUACUCUAGUUUCUGCUGAUCCCGCGUACCCGCGCGCGGUGUUCUCACGCACCGUAUUGCGUGGUACGAUAAUGUUGUACUUUCCUAUGCCGCGUACCCAUUUUUGGCUUUCUUCUUCCUUUUUCUGUAUUCUCCCUUCGACAAGAAGUGCUUCUCUUCCCUUGGUAGUUAGGAGACGGUUGUCGUUUUUCUCUCUCAACUUCAGUUUAUCCAUGUAAUUCUGGUGCCCCUGGCUUGCUGUGUCGUGUGGUGUUGGAUGUGAGGAAUUUGCAUGCUUCCCGAAGAUUCCCACAAUUGGUGACCCCGAUUUUGCCGUGUUUUACUAUGUCUACGCCGGUUCGUCCCCCUGCCUCUGUCGGACGUGGACGUCCACGGGGUUCCGGAGCUGUUUCAAAUACGCCGCCCCAGCCAACUGCGUCCAGUCCCCAUGCCACUGACGGACAACCUGUACCAGCACCUCCACCAGCAGCAGUAACCAGCGUUUCUCUCAAACUCCCACCUUUCUGGCCGAACGAUCCGCAACUGUGGUUCACCCAGGUCGAAGCGCAGUUUGCCAUAAAGGGCAUCACCGUGGAGAACACCAAAUACCAAUACGUGGUGAGCUCGCUAUCCCAUGAGUUCGCUCAUGAGGUGCGCGAUGUUCUUCUGCAACCGCCAACUCAGCAACCCUACACCAACUUGAAGCGGCACCUCGUGGAGCGUUUGUGCGCCAGCGAGCAGAAGCGCAUCCGCCAGCUUCUCACGGAGGCACAACUCGGAGAUCGCCGUCCAUCGCAAUUCCUCCGGCAUCUUCGCCAGCUGCAGGGCACCUCUACGGUGGAGUCUGCAGUGCUCCAGGAACUGUUUCUGCAGCGACUCCCACCCCAUGUACGAAUGGUCCUCGCCUCCGCAUCCUCACUGUCUCUGGAACAGCAGGCCUCCCUCGCUGACAAUCUAAUGGAAAUCGCCAGCACUCCGCAGCCUGCCCUACAUCAUGUCGCCGCUACGCCUGUAUCACCCAGCCCUGACGCGUCCAUGGAGCUUCAAGAACUGCGUGCCGAAAUUUCCUCCCUCCGCCAACAACUGGACCGUGCCAGCUCGUCUCAGCACCGUGGUCAAUCCCAAUCACCAGGGCAUGGCCGUAGCAAGUCCCCACGACGGCCACAGAAGGACCAGUCUGACGACACUCUCUGCUUUUACCACCGUAGAUUUGGCGAUAAAGCCCAGCGCUGCACGAUGCCAUGUUCCGAGUCGGAAAACUUCCGCGCCAGCCAUUAGCUGCGGCGUCAUGUGCUGGCGAGCAGUCACCUAGCCGCCUCCUCCACCUGACUGACCCCACAACUCGUACACGUUUCCUGGUCGACACAGGAGCUCAACUUAGUGUUUUGCCGGCCACUCGCACUGAUCGCCGCGGUACAUCGUCCCAGUCACUCCGCGCUGCCAACGGUACACCCAUUGCUACAUAUGGACACCGUAGUGUUACUGUCGACCUGGGACUCCGGCGCCGUUUUCAGUGGGUCUUUGUGGUCGCUGAGGUGGAACAGGCCAUUCUAGGAGCGGAUUUCCUCCAUACUCAUCACCUGCUCGUCGACAUUCGUGGCAAGAAGAUCGUAGAUUGCCUCACAAAUAUGUCUACAACUGCACACACCAUGUUUACCGCUUCUCCUGUGCGUCCGGUCGUUAACCUCCUGUCGGCACCUCCUCCUGUCCAGGAGUUGCUCACCGAGUUUUCGGGCAUUACUCGUCCGUUCUCCGCAGUUCAAGAACCCCAGCACUCAGUCGCUCACCAUGUGACCACCAAGGGUCCCCCGGUUCACGCCCAAGCUCGCCGCCUCGCACCUGACAAGCUACAGUCAGCCAAGGCGGAGUUUCAACACAUGCUGGAUCUCGGAAUUAUUCGUCCUUCGUGCAGCCCAUGGUCCUCACCAUUGCACAUGGUCGCUAAACCCUCUGGCGAUUGGAGGCCGUGCGGAGAUUAUCGUGCACUGAACAAUGCCACCGUCCCCGACCGCUACCCCAUUCCGCACCUGCAGGACUUCACAGGGCAACUUCAUGGCUGCACAGUAUUCUCGAAGUUGGACUUGGUGCGCGCCUACCAUCAGAUCCCGCUACAUCCUGACGACAUCCCGAAAACGGCCGUCAUCACGCCCUUCGGACUGUUCGAGUUCACCAGGAUGCCAUUUGGUCUACGGAACGCCGCCCAAACAUUUCAACGCUUCAUGGACCAGGUGCUACGUGGGCUGCCAUUCUGUUUCACCUACAUUGACGACCUUCUCGUGGCUAGUACUGACAUGAAGAGCCACAUGGAACACCUUCGUGCCGUCUUCCAGCGCCUGGCUGACCACGGAAUUGUCAUCCACCCAACCAAGAGUGAGUUUGCUGUAUCCUCCUUAGAUUUUCUAGGA